GUUUGUGAAGCUAGGAGGAACCAGAGACACAGAGUGGGAUAACGAAUACAUCAGCAACCACCAAAACCAAACCUUGGGCAGCGACAAAUCCCAAGCCAAAAUCUCACCACCCCCAUAUACCACACACACACACACACAAAACGAUACAUUAACAAAGUGAGAUAGAGAGCUUUUAGAGAGAGAGAGAGAGAUAUGGCAAUGGCAAUGGCGCUUCGCAGGCUUGCCUCAUCCAUUGACAAGCCGAUUCGCCCAAUCUUCAAUGGCGGUUCCCUCUAUUACAUGUCAUCUUUGCCUAACGAGGCUGUGUACGAGAAGGAAAAAACCCGUGUCACUUGGCCGAAGCAAUUGAAUGCUCCCCUGGAGGCUGUUGAUCCCGAGAUUGCGAACAUUAUAGAGCUAGAGAAAGCUAGACAAUGGAAGGGGCUAGAACUCAUUCCCUCAGAGAACUUCACUUCUGUCUCUGUAAUGCAAGCAGUUGGAUCCGUCAUGACUAACAAAUACAGUGAAGGGUAUCCUGGUGCUAGAUACUAUGGAGGAAAUGAGUACAUUGACAUGGCAGAAUCCUUAUGCCAGAAGCGUGCUCUGGAAGCAUUUCGGUUGGAUCCAGCAAAAUGGGGAGUGAACGUGCAGCCUCUAUCUGGCUCUCCAGCCAAUUUUCAAGUUUACACUGCAUUGUUAAAACCUCAUGAUCGAAUCAUGGCACUUGAUCUUCCUCAUGGUGGGCAUCUAUCCCAUGGAUAUCAGACUGACACCAAAAAGAUAUCUGCAGUCUCUAUAUAUUUUGAGACAAUGCCAUAUCGAUUGGAUGAGAGCACUGGCUAUAUUGACUAUGACCAGUUGGAGAAAAGUGCCACACUAUUCAGACCAAAGUUGAUAGUAGCUGGUGCUAGUGCUUAUGCACGGCUAUAUGAUUAUGCACGUAUUCGUAAGGUCUGUGACAAACAGAAAGCUAUAUUGUUAGCAGAUAUGGCACACAUUAGCGGGCUGGUGGCAGCUGAUGUCAUCCCAUCUCCAUUUGAGUAUGCGGAUGUAGUGACCACCACAACUCACAAGUCACUUCGUGGGCCACGUGGAGCAAUGAUUUUCUUCAGGAAGGGGGUAAAAGAGAUUAACAAACAAGGGAAAGAGGUAUUAUAUGAUUAUGAAGACAAAGUAAAUCAGGCUGUAUUUCCUGGACUUCAAGGUGGCCCACAUAACCACACAAUUUCUGGUUUAGCAGUUGCAUUGAAACAGGCUACAACUCCAGAAUACAGAGCCUAUCAAGAGCAAGUUCUCAGCAAUUGCUCAAGAUUUGCACAGACUCUGGUUGAGAAGGGUUAUGAGCUAGUUUCUGGUGGUACUGAGAACCACCUUGUUUUGGUGAAUUUAAAGAACAAGGGUAUUGAUGGCUCCAGAGUUGAAAAGGUCUUGGAAUCUGUUCACAUUGCAGCCAACAAAAAUACUGUUCCUGGAGAUGUAUCUGCCAUGGUUCCUGGUGGCAUCAGGAUGGGAACUCCUGCUCUUACUUCUAGGGGAUUUGUUGAAGAGGAUUUUGCUAAGGUAGCAGAAUUCUUUGAUGCUUCUGUGAAGUUGGCAGUCAAGAUCAAGGCAGAAACCAAAGGAACAAAGUUGAAGGACUUCUUGGCUGUACAGUCUGCUCCUCACUUCCAAUCUGAGAUCACAAAGCUCCGCCAUGAAGUUGAGGCAUAUGCAAAGCAAUUUCCUACAAUAGGGUUUGAGAAAGAAUCCAUGAAGUACAAGGACUGAGAAAGAAAUCCUGUUGUGUUAGGCAGUACAAGCAAAAAUCAAGAGAGAGUUCCUAGUUGACAAAGGGAAGGACCAUAUGUCAAGGAUACGUAUUUAGAGCCUUAAUGUAUAAAUCCAUCAAACCAUGAUCUGGAUAUUCAUGAAUCGUAUAUAAACAUAUUAACUGAGGCUUUGCAAUGUCACAAACUAGCUUUGAUCUGAAAUGCAGCUACUUCUUUAUCCCUA